AUGAUGGUGUAUUAUAUAUUGUCUGAAUACAAAAAAACAUUCAGUAAAAAUAUUCACCAUGCAACAAGUGAUGAUAAAAUACGUAUUCCAAACGAUCGAUCUUUGUACGAUGAGCUUGAACAGCGUAAUUUGCUCAAACGAUUUCGAGUUGCUCCUGGCCUCGGCAUUCAUUUGGUUAAAGAAGGUGAAAUAGGUCUAGCCAUGUUAAAUUCAGCUCCGAGAUUUCUAGCACCUGGUCGAUACACAUUUAUUUCUCCAUUCAGUCAUUUUCUUGAAGCAGUCAAAAUUACUGGCAAAUUAAUCAAACUCGGUAAUAUUCAAAUUGUAACAGUGAAUCAAGAUGAGAUUGGUCUAAGUAUUCGCAAUGGAGAAACUAUUCUGCUCGAUCCAGGUCGAUAUAUCUUGACAGCACCACAUAUCUUCGAAAGCAGUACUGCAGCAAACGCUCAAUAUAUUAAAUUAGGAACGUAUCGACGAAUUACUGUGCCCGUUGGAUUUGUUGCCGUUGCAUUUGAUGUUGGAAAACAAAUUAUUAUUCGGCCAGAAGAUACUGAAUCAGGUCCGUUCGAAACAAAUUCACCCACAUUUCUCUUUGAUGAAAAAAAUGGAUUUCAAUCUGUUCAACUUCAAGUUCGAGAACUCGAUGAAUUGAAAGUUAACACACGAGAUGGAGUUACAAUCACAGCCAAAGGUUUAAUUACGUAUCGUAUUCAUGAUCCACGAACAUCAUUUAUGACUGUACAAGAUAUUCAUGGAGCAGUAAAACGAGCAGCUGAAGCUACUCUCACUUCGCUCUUUCUCAAUGCUGCCAUCGAUGAAAUAGCUCCACCUGUACCACAAAAACUAAGCGACGGUCUUAUACAAAUGAACACUGCCAUUGAAGGUGAAAACUUCAAUCAGCACAUUCGUGAUGCAUUUCUUCAUGAUUUUUCACACAAAGUCAACCAAUGGGGUAUUGAAUUGCAAGAUCUCAAUAUUGAAAAACUUGAAUUUGAUAAUAGUGUAAAAGAUUUACUACGAAAACGUGCUCAAGCUCAUGUUGAAACAGCUACAAGUUUAGCCAAUAUGCGUUCUCAAACGAAUAUUGCCAUACAACAGGCUGAACGAGAAAAACAACAGGCUCAAAUUCAAGCUGAAGCCGAAGCGUUUGUUACUCGAACCAAGGCCGAUGCUGAUUUCUAUGCGGCCAAGCAGCAUGCUGAAGCAGCUAAAGUAUUGCAGGAAGUUCCAUUGUCAGCUCAAUUGGAAUUGAAGCGACUCGACGUAGAAAUGGUUAAAGCAACGGGUGAUCGAACAACAUUUAUGCCAAUGAAUUUUAGUAUUGGUGAUGUUGGAAUGAAUGACAAACAAAAUGGAAAGAUGUAUUUUGCAUCGAACCAAGCAGGUCUACUAUGA